GUAAACUGUAAUGGAUAAGGUUGGACGAUGCAUAGCGCUGUCCCGAGACAUUUUAGCGGCUGUUGCAUCACUAUCGAUAAAAUAAGCGUACCGGCUUCGGUACCUAGCGAUGCCUGGAUGGCGCUAAUAGCGGCUUAUUCUGGUAACAACCUUGGAAGUCGCGUCAUAACUGCUCAUUGUUCGGGUAUCCAUAGCCAAAUCGCUCUUGUCUUGUGACUAGACUGCCCAGGUGGGAGCAGGCGGGAGUCAAACCUCAAAGACAUGCAAGAAAUCGUCUGAGACCUCCACUUUCCUUUCUUUUUACAAUAGAGCAUUGAACUUUUUAUUAUUCUUAACGCCAGCUUACCGACUACACAUACAAUUUUAACACUGUUCAACAAUUACUCUUUACACAAAUACCUAUCUAUCGUCGUCCCCUCCUUUUACGAACAUAUCUUCGCAGCAUCUCUUUCCCUCGUCGCAUCCGAUAAGUCGCCCGCCGCUCUUACUACCAUCGAAUAUCCAACACCCAGCCUUGAAUACCAUUCCAUCUAGACAAAGACCGAGCCUUUAAAAACUGGUAUUGGGAAGAAUCAGCACAUCGGACAUUAUUACGUGGGCGACGAAUCUAUAUUGACAAGACGUAAGAGACAAAAAGGACCAAAGGAACAACUCUUUCGCAGAAGAGCAAGCCAAAAUGAGCAGUCCACGCAGAAGGAUUGAGACGGAUGUACGUCUGCCUAAUGAUAAUGAUCGUCAUGAUAAGCUUAUGUCCGACUAUGAGGUGACUCUAGUCAAUGAUAAUAUGCAAGAGUUCUACGUCCGAUUUAAGGGCCCCGCCGAGACACCCUUCGAGAAUGGUAUCUGGAAGGUCCACGUCGAGCUUCCUGAUCAAUACCCGUACAAGUCACCUAGUAUCGGCUUCGUCAACCGUAUCUUCCACCCGAACAUCGAUGAGCUGUCCGGCUCGGUGUGCCUAGACGUCAUCAACCAGACAUGGUCACCCAUGUUCGAUAUGAUCAACAUCUUCGAGGUCUUCCUCCCACAGCUCUUAAGAUACCCCAAUCCUGCCGAUCCUCUUAACGGUGAAGCAGCCGCGCUCUUAAUGCGCGAGCCGAAGAGCUACGACGCUAAGGUCAAGGAGUAUGUUCAGAAGUACGCCAGCAAGGAUGCUGCAGAUGAAGCCGGUGCCGAGAGCGAAGACGACGACGACAUGUCCUCAGUUGCGAGUUUCGGGGAAGAUGAUGAGCCUGCAGGCCAAAUGGACGACGUAUAGUUGCUCAUCAACGUCGGAUCAGUUGUGUUUUGCACGCUUAUCCAUUCAACUAAUAGCAUACACUGCGUUCUCUGGAUUACGGAGUAAAGAGUAAUAUGGUUUUCUUCUGGUGGUAACGGAUGGCAUUUGGUGUUGCUGUAUGGAAUUUGCAAUUUGCAUAAAGAAUCGAGCCGGGUACUGGAACCACCAUAUUUUCAAACGGCUAGCAUUGGCUUCAUUAUUUUACUUGCGAUGUCCUAUUCUCCCGUCGGAGAGUUUACGCCUUAUCGCGAGAACGGUGAGCGCCGUAUCGGUUGCUCUAUUGGUAGAUGAAGGGUAUCAAUGAUACAGUUAUAUCAACACUACUGAUUCUACCUAUACUAUGAAUAUGA